CGAGCCUAGCCAGCUCAUUUUGUCCCUAACCCCCAUCGGAUCCCCCCUCCCAAAAUGAUCUCAAAACUUUCGACUGGACUUCAAAGCGAGCCCGUUGUCUUGCACCAGAAGCUGCACACGACCUUCACUGGUCUUGUUCACCCCAUCUCGACUGAGGAUGCCGUUGUGCACCAGUACCUCGGAAUCAAAUACGCCUCAGUUCUGGCGCGCUUCCGCCAGUCGAAGCUGCACACUGCGUAUCCGCCGGUGACAGACGCAAGUCGUCAUGGAUUCGUUUGUCCGCAGCCCCAAAGCAAGGACUAUGAAGCAGAGCUCUUCGGGCUUACCGAAGACGUCAUCCCCACGCAGGCCCUAAAACAGAACGAGUUCGAGUGUUUGAACUUGAACAUCACCUGCCCGGCUAAUGCCCUCCCUGGGAGCCGCCUGCCAGUCAUGUUUUUCAUUCAUGGCGGUGGAAACCGUGGUUCAGGUUCCAGCUGGCUGUACGACGGUGGUUGCCUCGUGCAGCGAAGCAUGAUGGUGGGAAGACCCGUCAUCCUGGUGACCGUGAAUUAUCGCCUCGGUCUCUUCGGUUUUGCCGCAAGCAAUGCGCUGCGCGAGGACAACAUUGCCGCUGGCGAAGAGGGCGUGGGCAACUACGGUCUUCGUGACCAGCGCAAGGCCCUCGAGUGGGUGUACAGCUUCGUCUCCGACUUUGGAGGCGACUCGAACAAUAUCACCCUUUUCGGCUCAGCGUCGGGCGCAGCGGACAUACUCUGUCACCUGCACUCUUCUGCGAAUGAGCUUCGGCCGUUAUUCCAGCGGGCGAUCAUCCAAAGCGCUGAGAUGCCCUCGGACAUACCAAACGUCUCCAGCGCCGGCUGGCAGUUCUCUCGUCUCACAUCGGCUCUUCACGCACCGACCAUCGAUGAGCUACGCAUAGUUCCCGCGGACAGGCUCGCGGUGAUCGCUCCGGUGGUCCGGGCUGUCGACGACGGCGUCUUCUUUGCUCAUGGAUGGAAAGACUACCUAUACCCAGAAAAAAGCGAAGAUAUACUCCUACACGAAAAGGCUUUGCACGAGAAAGUGCCGGAGCUCCAAGCUCUCUCACACUGCUUGAAGUCCCCGCAUAGCCGCCUGCACUCUCGCUCACGGUCGCGCUCACGGUCGCGCUCUCGUGUGCGGCACACACUUGGUACGAACCAUUACCACCACCCACCCCACCUCCAACCGCUCGUGAUUGGUGACUGCGGUGCCGAGUCACUCUUGUGGUCGCUCCCAGCCUCGCUCUGGAGCGCGCCGGGUGUCGUUCGGCGCCUUCGUGCGAUUUGCCAGUCGCUUUCCAAGUCCUCGGCCCUACUGCGCGCCUACGACAUCUCGGCGCACACCCCGCCCGACGAGCUGCCCGAACAUGUUCUGGACCUCAUCAACGACGCGCGCUUCGCCUGGCCGACCGAGUGCAUCGCGUCGAGCGAGAAGCGUGUGCGCGGCGGGCACGGCGUUUGGCGGUACGUCUUCGACCAGGAGAGUCCAUCACGUGGUGUGCCGCACCAUGCUGUCGACUUGCUGUACCUCUUCGACAACGUCCCGCUGGUGGUUCCGCCGGCGGUGUCGCCGCCAGACGCGUUCUCGCCGGGACUGUCCCCUUCCGCGUCCCCUGGGCCCUCGCGGCCAGACACCCCCGACAUGUUUUACGGUAGCGACACGGACUCGGACGGCGUCGACUUCGGGUUCGGAUUCAACAGCCCCGACGGCGAGGAUGACGGCUGGAGCGUGCCCAUCGUCGACGAGUGGACGUAUGCGCGCGUGCGCGAUGCCGUCCAAAGCCGCUGGUUCGCGUUCGCGCAUGGCGAUGCGCCUUGGGCCGAGGACAAGGUUUAUGUCUUUGGCCCCGAGGGCGAGGUUGGCGAGCGCUCGAUGGCGAUCUUCAAUGGCCGUAGGCGCGUUCAGGUCUGGAAGGAAGCCCUUGAACCGCUGGGUAUACAACUCGUGCAGAAAGUCGGCGUCGAGCUGAGCAAUGGUCCGCCGUUGUCGUAAGCGGUUCUAUUUAUUUUGUCGUUAAUUGCUUUCGUUACUUCUCAUCGCUAUAACUUGUGCUCUCAUGCGGAACUCUCACAUGCACAUUGGUUAUGUAUCCACUAUCCUUGCUAUACUAUUCUACCAUCCCUGCGCUGUAAUAGUACAUUUAGACAACGCGAAUACGAUACCCCUUCACACCAGAUGGCGCGGCUUGACCCAGGCCUAGGCACAACAGCACUUCGUAGUUCCUGCAUCUUGGUCAUAAACUGUCUGUCAUUGGAGGCUUUCGUCCUUAUCAUCGAAGACGCCAUGCUGUAGUCACCAUAUUCCCGCUGGUGCCCUGCUGUCCGGUGCCUGGGAAGAAUCCACACGAGCUGCAGGUCAUCCAGGCAUCCCCACUAGCGCCGCAAUUACUACAAGAUCCGGGAAAAGCUGAUCUACUCGGUGCGCCUACUAGUGCUAGCUGCCGCAGGAGACGGGAGACAACGCCAGCGUUGCGUACCAAGACGUCCGCCGGAAUGCCCUCCAGCAGGGGUGCAUCGGGCC